AUGAUAAAAGAUUCUUCAAUUAAGAAUACCUUAGGUUAAGAGUAGGAUUUUUACCAUAAAAAGCCUUCAGAAAUAUAGUUGAUGAAUGAAAAUAAAACUUUGAAGAAAGAAGUGGCAUUUUUAGACAACAUUAACCUCAGAUUAGGCAAAGAAUUAACUGAAUUGCAAGUCAAGUUUAACAUUCAUCCUGGAUAAUUUAAACCUUUUAGACCAGAAGAUACAGGAUUAGACUAAUCAAAAUUUGCUUAUGUUAAUAGAGAGCUUUCAUUCUUAGAGCCAUUACUCAAUGCUUACGAUGACAAAAUACAAAAAAUGGAACGUCUUCUUGAAACUGUCUAUGAUGAUUUUCGUGAUAUGGAAAAGAAGGCAGAUUAUCUCAUUCAAGAUAACAAUAAUUUGCGUGAAUAAUUAGAAUAAAAAUGCCAACUUAUCUUAAGCAUAUACAAGGAUGGUCCUAUUAUAGAUAACAUGGGAAAUGCUUUUUUGAAACUGGAACGUGAUGAUCUUAAUGAAAGAAUCAAUUUACUUUCUGAAGAGAAUAAAGAACUUUUUGCUAAAUUCCAAGAAAUAUCAAGCAAAUACAAUGAAAUGAAUAGAAGAUAUGAAGAUUAGCUUGCAGCAGCACAAAAGUCUUUAACUUAGCAUUCCGAAAUAUCUGAACACUGCAAAAAGUUAUAAAUAGAAUAUGAUUAAAUCAAGCACUAGAAAGAUGUCUUGGAAAACAGACUUAAAUAAUGCAUUGAAUCUUAGGCAUUUGCUGAAGGAGAAAAAUCUGACUUGUAAAGCAAGCUAAACAGAACUGAAAAUGAAAUUAAGAUUUUAAAGACUUAGGUUUCAAAUCUUAAGAGAAACAGCGGUGAUAUGGAAGAAAAAAAGAAUAAUGAAAUCGAGUAAUUAAAACGUGAAGUUGAUUAAGUAAAAACAAAGGAUAGAGAGUCUUUCUAAAAGCUAAUAACUAUGGAGAAAGAGCUUGACUUCAUCAAAGACGAAAACCGUAGACUUCUCAAAGAAUCUGAAACAUUAAAAAAUUAACAAGAAGAAAUGAUGAGAAUGAUGGACAACUAUCAAAGUAAAAUUUAAACUUAUGAAAAAAAAGAAGAAAAUAACGGUAAGCUUUAGAAAGAACAAAGAGAAAAGCUAUAAGAAGCUCUUCUUGAAAAAGAUAAAGCUGUACUAAGAGAAUAGCAAAUAGAAAAAACCUUGAGAACUUUGAAUGAAAACCACAGACAAGAAUUAAAUGAAAUCAAAGAGUAAUAUGAAAGGUUAGUAGAUACUUUAAAGCAAAACCAUAAAUAAAUUUUAGAAGAAAGAGAAGAUGAAAUUCAUCAAAUAAAUGAAUAGCUUAACAGCGCUAACUUUAUUAAAGACAAACUAUAGAAAGAAAAUAACACCUUAUAAUAGGAAUACAAAAAGAUAACUCAUUCCCUUGGUAAUGAAUAUGGUGGUAAUCAAAAAGACUAAGUUGCUGAGUAUGAACGUCGUAUCAGUGAGUUAGAAGAGAAGCUUUAGCUUGCUGAAUAAUACCACAACGACAGACUUCAUAGCUUAUAAAUGGAAAAAGCAUAAAUCGAAACUUCUUAUAAAAAUUAACAAAAUAUUAUUAAUGAUUUGAAAUCAAGCAACGAAAGAUACAGAUAAGAGGCUUAAAAAUAUUAGAUGGAAAAUGCUUAAAUGAGCUCUAAGGUAAAUGCAAGCCAAAAAGAAAGACAAACUAUUUUAGAAGAAAUAAAUAAAACUAAAAAGCUCUUUGAAAAUAAGUUAGACUAUGCUUAGAACUAAUUUAAUUUUAAGAUGAAAGAUAUUCAAGAUUAACUUAACGAAUCCUUGAAAAGAGAGCGUACCACUAGAGAAAAAGCCAUUGAACUUUUCCAAGCCCACGAAAGAGCUGAAGAUAAAAUGAAGUACGAGUAUGAGUCAAGAAUAAAGGAGCUUGAUAAUUUUGUUUAAAAAUUGCAAGAAGAAAAUAAGGUGCUUCAAUAAAAGGUUAGAAAGAUCGUAGGUGAAUAUCCCAGCAAAGAUAAAUGA